AUGGCUUUUGAAAAUCAAAAUGAGAAGAAAAUAGUUUCUAUUAGUGAAAUUGUUAAAGGGAUGAAAUUAUGCACUAUUAAGGUCCGAAUUAUUAGGGUUUGGGAGAGACCUAAUUUUAAAAAUCAGCUUGAAACAGAAAGCAUUGAAAUGGUUUUAAUGAACGUUGAGGGUAGUAAGAUUCAAGCCAACUGUCGGAGAGGACUAAUUAUGCAAUUUACGCCAAGUAUUAAAGAGGGUGAAUUUGAACAAAUUUCGAAUUUUUUGGUUCGGGAUAAUGGUGCUCUGGAAAAGUCAAAAAACCAUAAUUGUGUAAUAUCACUGAAUUAUGGAUCAAAAAUUGAGGAAUGUCAAGUUCUUGAUAUUCCAGAGUUUGGAUUCACUUUUGCUAAAUUUGAUGAUAUUAUAACAAAGCAGUUACCGGAUAUGUAUUAUAUUGAUGUCAUUCGACAACUCACUGGAUAUAGUGGUAUUACUGAGACGGCUAAAUCUAGAAUGAUGACUAUUGAGUUGGUUGAUACAUACUUCCCAGAAAGUAAUCAACAAAAGAGUGGACAGUUGACCCAAUUGUCUAAUGACACGAACGACUUUUUAAAGGAGGAAUCUAGCAAGGAUGUAUCCGAUUUGCUUGAGAUGAAUAAGGCUAGAAUAUGUGUUUGCUUGGCAGUUAUAGAAGAUAUUAAUAUUCAAUACAGUUGGUACUAUGAUGCUUGCAAAAGAUGUAAUAGUAGAUUGGUUAAAGAAGGGGAUGUAACUCGAUGUAGGAAGGACAAUCAUGUUGUGAAAUCUACCAUCCCGAGGUUCAAGAUCAAAUUCAUCGUAUCAGACAAGACUGCAGAUGCUUCUUUCUUAAUGUUUGAUAUAGAAGUAUCUAAAUUGGUUGGUAAGACAGCCAAAGAAAUACUUGACUUGCAAGACAAGGAUGCUAUUGAAACUACAUUUCCAGAAGAAUUCAAGUUUUUCCUUGGCAAAAGAUAUUUGUUUAAAGUGAAGGUUCCAUAUAACAAUGCAGUAGAUGAAAAUUCGACAUACACCGUUGUAAGCACAACUAAUGAUAUUAGUGUUAUCGAUAAAUGGAUGGGACUGUAUAUAAAGAUUGAGGAUUAUGUUGAGAAGAUGGAUUGUUUGUUUAUUCGAUGUUUAGAGUGCAACAAUCUUGAGGCUAUUGUUCGAGUUGGAAUGGUACAAUUUUUUACUCAAUCGAAGAUAGAAGAUGGUAUUGCAUGUUUUGAGAAAGCAUCAAAUGAAGGAUAUUUAGUGAGUCUUCGCUAUCUCUACAUGAUUGCUUGUCUAAAGGAAUUGAACAACGCGCUGCAAUGCACAAAAGGAAAAUAA